CUAAUAAAAUAAUAUGAAUCAGGCAAGUUAACGUUAGGGCCCUCGCAAAGAUCCUAAAAAUCGUUCAAAAACCAACAACAUCAAAGAGAAAAAACAAAGUCACAGCAAAGUCCCAAAAACCCAGAUCAAAAAACCCACAAACAUAAUAAAUCUCUGAAAAAAGAGAAAACCCCAAAUUCAAGUUUCAGUCGUUUAGUUCCAGCUCCUUCUUCUUUGUUCUUUUAGAGAAAAAAAAAAAAAAGAAAAAGUCAUGGUUUGCUUCUGUGCCACAAAAAUCCAACCAAAAGAGGACCACCAUUUCAGACCCAAAUGCAGAUUGGUGAAAAUCCCUGAAAAUGUCCGAGUGAAUCUCUCUUUCUCCAUUAGGGUUUUCUUAUUUCUCUGCCCACAUGGCUUGGACACACGCCAUGUCCACCGUUCCUUCUUCUUGUUGCUUUCGCCGGAGUUUUGGCAAAAAUGGUGGUGAUAAUAGUGAUGUUAGUUGACACACUCACAAGGAAAACCACAGGGUCUGGGUUUUGGGUGUACCCAGUGAGUGAACUAGCUUUGGGUCCGCCAUUUCUAGAGCAUCGAUUGGGUUGCGUUCGAUGAAUGUUGAUUUUCUCACUGCCCGUUGGAGAUUGAACGCCGUUGAUACCCACAUUGCUCAGACGGCUUCAACUCGCACCACCAUUGAGAUUCCCGUUACAUGUUACUAGCUUAUUGGUGUUACCGAUCGAGCUGAAAAAGAUGAGGUUGUUAAAUCGGUGAUGGAUUUGAAGAGUGCUGAAAUUAAAGAUGGUUAUAGCAUGGAAGCUGUUGUAUCUCGCCAAGAUCUUUUAAUGGAUGUUAGAGAUAAACUUCUUUUUGAACCUGAAUAUGCCGGUGAUGUGAAGGCAAAGAUACCACCUAAGGGUACACUUCGAAUUCCUUGGGCUUGGUUGCCUGGUGCUCUUUCCCUCCUUCAAGAGGUCGGGGAAGUAAAGUUGUUCUAGAUAUUGGUAGGUCAGCUCUUGAUGUUAAACCAUAUAUGCAUGGUUUGCUUCUUUCUAUGGCACUUGCUGAGGUGCUUUCUUGAAAUGUGCGUCUGCAAAGAUUGGCCUUGAGAAGAACAAGGUGUCCCAUGGAUUUGAAGCUCUUGCUUGUGCACAGUGUCUUCUAAGGAGUAAAAUAUCUCUUGGGAAAUUAAUGUUAUCUCAGAUAGAAGAAUCGCUGGAGGAGCUAGCCUCUGCUUGCACAUCGGAAUUGUUAGGCAUGCCUCACUUACCUGAGAAUGCUGAACGGAGACAAGGAGCAAUUUCUGCCUUGCGUGAAUUGCUCAGACAGGGACUUGAUGUAGAAGCGCCACGCCAAGUUCAGGAUUGGCCAUCCUUCUUUAGCCAAUCUCUCAAUAGACUACUAGCUUCGGAGAUUAUUGAUCUUCUUCCAUGGAAUGAUUUAGCCAUCACGUGGAAGAAUAAGAAAUCCCUUGAGUCACAAAAUCAAAGGGUUGCAAUUGAUUUUAAUUGUUUCUAUUUAGCAUUAAUAGCUCAUAUUGCACUUGGCUUUUCAAGCAAGCAAAGAGAACUGAUUGACAAAGCAAAAAACAUUUGUGAUUGUCUGAUAGCAUCGGAAGGCAUCAAUCUGAAAUUGGAGGAAGCUUUUGCUUGUUCCUUCUUGGUGAAGUGUGUUCCUCCUUCCCUCCUACAUUUUUGUAUGGUGCUGCUUCAUUUAAAUACAUUAGAAAUGUCUCAGUUUUAGUGGUUAGGAAUAUUAUUUUAUCUUUCCUUUUCGUACCUCAUUUAAGAGUGAAGAACACUAUAAUGUCUCAGUUGAAUUCUCUGCUUCAUUUAAGUCGUUUGACACUUACAUAUAUGCCAAAUAUCGAUUUACUAGUCA